ACUCUUAUUUAAAAUACAAAGAGCGUCAGCCAUAAACUCUGUUUCUUAUACAGAGUGUCUUUCCCAUAUUUCUAAUACUAGUGAUUCUUCUUUUCCCUGUUUCUUAAACUGUCUCUUUUUCAAUGAAACAUUUUCUUCCCCUGUUUCUUGUACUAGUGUUUUUGUGUUCUGCGUCUCACUCAUCUUAGCCAUAAACUCUGCACCAAAUGCAAAAAUCUUCAUCUUGUUAAGAGUCAUCAUCGACUCUCAUGGUAUACUGCCACUUGGUUUUCAUCAUCGACUGCUGUAGCCUGAUUUGGUAUUAGUUUACGUUGUCAGUAGAUAGGUUGUUAACUGUGACUACUUUUCUAAUCGGUUGUAUUUAAAUGUUUUAUUAGCUUAGCAAAAAAUGUGUGUCGUGUUGUGCUAUGGUUGUAGUGUGCAAAACACUUUGUAAUUAUUGUGUUAAGUGUUGCAGGGAGUUUUUCCCGAGUACCCAAAGGUUUGUUUGUAUGUACUAAGAGCACUGCCUGCUCAAUGUUUGAUAAAAUGCUUAACUGAAUUUCCCGUUCUUCGAAUUCUGUUCUGUUUUUUCAUUUGAAUUGAUACUCUUUUGCAAUGAAUGCCCAAGAUCGUACCAAGGCAAAAACAUCUAUCCUUACCAUUUGCCAUCGCAAAAAAAGUCAAGACCUCAAUUACAACCAAAAACUAACUUCAUCGAGGAUAGUAAAAUAUGGUACUAAGAUUGACGCAUUAAAUAGAUGGAAAACAAAGGAAUUUAGUUUAAUCACUAAAGCCAAACCAAAGAAUCUCAUGGCAUGAUAAAUAACACAUCAAUAUCUUCUCUUGUUAUAGUUGGAUAUUAUUAGAGUCAUUGACCGACAAUGAUGGAGUUUUUCCCUUCUUCAGUCAGUUAUAAGUUUUGCUAAGAGGAAUUUUGCUUACAAAGGAGAACUUUUGCUUUUGGUGCAGGGCUUAUUUAUGCGAUAAAGGCUAAGUGAAAAAAAAGAAGAUGAAGAGUGUUUGAGGAUUUAACGGUAGUAAAUAAAUGUUAAGUAAAUAAUAUACUGACUAAAUUUUAACCGAUGUUUUAGUUUUAUUAAAAAACUUUAAAAUUUUCACUUAAAUAACUUCGCAUAAAUUCUUUUACCCCACAUAAGCCUUUAGCUUUGUAUAAUGAAAAAAAUUGAAAUCCCCAGAGCUGCCCAUCUUAAACCAACCCACACAUAAUUUUUAAUAAUUUCGUUUGAUAUUCAAAAUUCUAACGUUGACUGGCGGCUGAUUCUGAUAUCUGUAUAAGAUCAGUUUAGUCAACCGCCUAUUUUCAUUUUAUGUUGCAAAGCCAAAGCUCUUUAGCCAAAGGUCUUAUAUCAAUGGAUGCAAUAGAAAUAACAGUAAAUUCUGAAGAAGUAGAAGAAGCCAAGAUAGGUGCAGUCGACAAGGCAUCAGCACGGAAGGAUGAAGGGGCGCCCUUGAGUCCUGCUUCCCUCCUAUUUCUUGAACCAGGAACUAACUGCUGCAUUAUAGCGAUGGUGGGAUGCAAGAAGAAGCUUGAUCCUGGGCUCGUCAAAGAGGGACUAUACCGUAACCUGGUUAAGCAUCCUCGUUUCUCCAGCAAACUGGUGAUUAAUGGAGGUAAGAAGAAAUGGAUUCAGACACAAGUAAAUUUGGACAAACAUGUUACAGUCCCAGAGGUAGACACAGAAAUGGAAUCUACAAGCCAAUUUAUUGAGGACUACGUCUCCAAUCUCACCACAAUUCCACUUGACCUCUCCAAACCAUUGUGGGAGCUUCACCUUCUUAAUCUCAAAACCCGGGAGGCAGAAGCUGUUGGCAUCUGGCGGAUCCACCAUUCAAUCGGAGAUGGCAUGUCCCUCAUAUCUCUUCUAUUUGCCUGUUGCCGAAAGUCCUCCGACCCGGAAGCCUUGCCUACUCUUCCUAAGCAAAAACAGACAGAUCAUUCAAGAAACCCACGUCGUUUUUUGUGGUUAUUCUCGGCUGUUUGGUCAGUGUUAAAGUUACUUUUCAACACCAUUGUGGACGUUUUGCAUUUUGUGGCAACAUGUAUAUUUUUGAAAGACACGAAGACUCCUCUUAAGGGUUCAUCUGGCGUCGAGCAUAACCCCAAGAGGAUUGUCUACCGGACUGUGAGUUUGGAUGAUAUAAAACUAGUCAAGGCUGCGAUGGGCAUGACUGUCAAUGAUGUCAUUUUGGGAGUAACACAGGCUGGUCUCUCACGAUAUCUAAAUCGAAAAUACGGUGAAGUGGACAGAGGCAAGGGAGCGAAGCAGAAGUCGAAUCAACUGCCCAGAAACAUCCGUCUAAGGGCAACUGUUUUGGUGAACAUUAGACAAUCUGCAGGGAUCCAGGCUUUGGCUGAUAUGAUGAACAAGAAGUCCAAGGCCAAGUGGGGUAAUAAAAUCGGAUUCAUAUUGAUCCCUAUCACCAUUGCUUUACAAAAUGAUCAUCCUUUAGAUUAUCUUCGAGGAGCUAAAGCUACAGCAGAUCGGAAAAAGCUCUCUCUUGAAGCUAUAUUUACAUACUUAGCAAGCAAAUACACAACAAAGUUAUUUGGAUCCAAGCUGUCGGGAGUUUUGGCAUAUAGAAUUACUUUCAACACUACAAUGUCGAUUUCAAAUUUGGCUGGACCAGUAGAAGAAAUUAGCUUUUUUGGUCAUCCAAUAGCUUUCAUUGCUCCUACUGUUUAUGGCCAACCACAGGCUUUGACGCUUCAUUUCCAGAGCUACAUUAAUAAGAUGAGCAUUGUUGCAGCAGUUGACCCAAACGUGAUUCCUGACCCUCACCUUCUUUGUGAUGAUUUAGAAGAAUCGCUCAAAAUCUUCAAGCACGCUGUCUUAACAAACAACAGUGCAUGCUAAGGAUGCAUCUGCUUGAUUAGGUGGGGGGGAAUUACUUCAAAAUUUCUCUCCUAAACUUUCUAACAUCGUCUUUAUUGGAGACUGAAUAAUUAUUUAUUUCAUUCAUUUUGUUUCACAAAUAAAAUAGUUGAUGAGAGGGAGCAUGGGCUGCCUAUAAAAACUUGCUUUGUUUUUAUAAUUCUUUUAUUUAGUUCAUAGAUGUUGAGUGAACAAAACUCGGGUCAAUUGUUUUCGUAGAAAAAAGUUAUCGAAUGAAUAAUGCAUAAAAUAGAAUGUCAAUUCUAUUACUAUAUAUUUUAAUCACGGCAUGCCUCAG